CCGCCACAGUAUAGCGGACGGCCGCCAUUGCGGCGGGAGGAGGGGCUGCGUUCGCUUCCCGAGGCAGUCGACGGCCGCGGAUGGUGCGGAGAAGCCGCCUGAACGAGGGCUCUGCUCCUCACUCCGGGACGGGCCUCCUCCGCCCCACCGGCGAGCCGCUUACCUGACUCGGGAUCCAGAGCAUGAUGAUGGCUCAUAGCCAAGCUAAAAAACGCCGGAGGAGUCGAAGUGAUUCCCGGAGCCGACGAGACAAAGAGGAAGACAAGAAAAAGAGGAAAAGCAGCAAAGAUUCCCGAGAGAGGAAGGAUUCCCGAUCCCCAGCAAGCAAAAAAGAACCGGAACCCCAGGAGUUCAGGAGGAGUUUAUCCUCUUCCAAAGAUGUGAAAAAGAAGAAGAAGACGAAGAAGAGGAGGAAGAGGAAGGCCAGCUCCUCUUCCUCCGAGACCGGCUCCUCCUCCUCCUCCUCCUCUUCCAAAUCGUCCUCCUCUUCCAGUGCCUCUUCGGACGAGUCCGCCGACGAGAAGCCCAAACCGGAGAAGAAAAAGCAGAGGGUGAAGAAAGCCUCCAAGGGGGGGAAAGGAAAGAAGAGGAAAAAGCGGAAGAAGAAGAAGAAGAAAGCCAAGAGGGAGAGGGGGAAAGAGGAGGGCGGGAGCAAGAAGGAGGAGGCGACCCACGGCCCUUCGCUGGACCAGUGGCAGAAGGAGGCGGGCUCGGAUUCCGGACCUGCCCUCACGGACGAGCAGAAGUUCCGCAUCCAGGCCAUGAAGCCCAUGACGAAGGAGGAAUGGGACGCCCGCCAGAGCGUCAUACGGAAAGUCCUCGACCCUGAAACAGGACGGAUGAGGCUUAUUAAGGGCGACGGGGAGAUCCUGGAGGAAAUUGUCACGAAAGACAGGCAUAAAGAAAUAAACAAGCAAGCCACUCGGGGCGAUGGACUUUCCUUCCAGAUGAAGAUGGGGAUGUUGCAGUAACUGGGACGGACCCC